AUGGGUAUUCUUAACAAGAAAAGAUGCUGCAUGUACUUUUUGAUCAUCUGUGUUGUUGCGACGACGACUUUACUCAAUGUCAAGAAACUAGUGGAGACCCACAAAAUGCUUUACCAACUAGAGCAUUGGGACGAGCUUGACGAGGAAGAAAAAGAAGCGAUGGAAACGCUGAAAUUCAUCGAAAAAGCGCACGAGUUAUUACACGAGCAUGAUCAUCUGGGUCUUGGAGACGAGCACGAUCAUGAUCAUGAAGCUGAUGAUUCGAAGGUCUUUGCCGACGAAGGUGUCAAUGAAGAAGUCGCAGUUCAAUACGACGCUGUAGAAGAAAAACCCGCGGAAGUUCCAGAAGCUCAAGCUCAAAAAAGCUCAGAAGAAAGCGAGAAUAACUUUGAGCCUGCGCAUGCCAUGGACCUGAAUGAAGAAGGACCGUCGUUGGGAUUUGACCUGGCGGACUUGGCUGGCUCAGGAAGCCUUGUUGAUGAGCUUCGACGAUUGUAUAGUUUCAUUACUCAUAUAAAUACCGAGUACAGGUGUACGCAAGAUAAUAUAAAAUUUAUCGGCACAGACAAGAAAUACUUCAUGGAUUUUUCAUAUCCUCUUUGUUUUGACAGAUCGAAGUUCUGGACUCCUGACCCCGAAAAGGGCUGUCUUGUCUAUUCCUUCGGAGUUGAUGACAACUGGAAAUUCGACGAAGAAAUGGUUCGCAUGGAACAAUGUAAGGUUUAUGCCUUCGAUCCGAACAUGUACGACGAAGAAGACGGCACGAAAGAUUCUGGAGUGGAGUUCCGGAAGAUCGGAAUCGGAAACAAAAAUGCGGAUGAUGUCUUGCAGCCGGGCAAGCGUGAUUAUAAAUAUCGGAGUAGAUAUGGUGACGGUAAACUUGACAAGAUUCGAACGCAGCCUAUGCGCACUCUCUGGGGACUCAUGCGAGAACUUGGCCAUACUGAUAGAAUCAUCGAUGUGGUAAAAAUCGACCGCGAAGGACCUAGAAAAGCCUAUGAACCAGCUGUUUUAAGAAAUUUGCUUGAGGAUGGAACCUAUGCAUGCGUUCGACAUCUGGUUUUCGAACUUCACUUCUUUGGCCCGAUUGAUGACGCGGACGAGGUUCGGAGUACUUUCAGCAUGCUCAAAGGACUUGAAAACGCCGGCCUCAAACUUUAUAGAAGCCAGGCAUCGAAGACAAAGUCAAAAAUCGAGUCUGUCGAUGAUUUCCUAACACUGAAGAAUGAGAAGAAACUGGGAAUUGAAUGGCUCGAAUGCUGGUCCUUUAUCGAUUGUGUGGCCGCUGAUGGCGCCCGAGGGGGGAGCCUUCUCUCCGCCCCACCACAAUGUGGCUUCCGCAAAAAUGACGCUCCAGAGAUUACCAUGAACACGGCCGACAUUUCUAAUGCUCUGGUAGGCUUAUCAGCAGAAGAAAUAGAAAACAUAAAGAAGGUCCUUCAACGGGACAAGAAGAUACGAACUAAUGAAAGCAUACGCGUCGGAAAAGUUAGCAGCCUCAGCUCGCAGGACUCAUACAGCGGCUUGCCCAUUGUUUCAGCAGACGAUAGUUCUAAUUCAACCAUGCCCCCAACCUCUGCAAGCAACAACAACAGUCAAGUAUUUUCUGUGAUAAAUCCGAAUCAUGUGCCGAGUCAGUCUGUUGCAGCAAAGCCGAAGAUAGUAACCGCAGGAAGAGCAAGCUCGAUGAGGUCUCCUGCGAAAAUUUCUUCUGCAGCGUCAGUCAGAGAAAGAUUACGAAUGCGCUCGACGGAAACUCUAACAGCUGAUGACUUUCAAGUUCAAGUUCCUGCCCCAAUGGAAGCUUUUCAAAGUUCACCGGCGAAAAAGCUCGAGAGCUUGAAAAGUUCUACAUUGGAAUCAUCUGUCUCAUCUGUCAGUAAUCAUACAAGGCUUACAGUAAUGAGUCAAAAUGGAAGCAAACAAAGUGAAGAUGGCGACUCGCAAAACAUCCAAGCAAGACCAAUUCCAAAACCUCGAUCAAGAUCGCUUAGUCGAAAAACUUCAGCAAGUUCAAGAAGAUCAAAAUCUGUGGAUGUUUGGGAGCCAAAGAUGGUUAUUUAUGCUACAGUGCCUCAAACAUGUGAUGAUGGAGAAUUGCUACCACCAACGCCUGUUCCUCGAAAGACCGUAUCAACGCAGCAAAACCAGAGCUCAGCAAAAGAAGUUUACCAGCGAAACAAGCAAGAAUACACGAACGAUAUCUUCACCGAGCCAGUUUCUAUCAACAAAAGUACAGCACAGAUCGAUCUCCUUAACGAAGUUCGUCCGUUGAAAAUCACGCGAAAUUCGUCAUCAGAAAACUCUACGCCUAAACGACGUCUCAGCCGUCAAUUAACGGUUGACGAAAGUGCGAUGAACAGCAACAACGAGACGCGUAUUGGCCAGCGUCUUCCAACGAUGCAAAACUCUACCCCUAACAACCCGCAUCAAGGACCGAUGAAACAUCAUUAUACCAGUAGUUUACCUGGAUAUAGGCAGCGACCGCCUGCACCGACCCAGAACAUGAGCUUGCCUGCCGGUCGAGGAUCCAUAGAUCUAACCCAAAAUCCUUACCGUCCGGAAGAAAUCGUCAAUUUACCAGCAGAUCAUCGACAAGGAAGCGCGCCAAAAGUUCGUCUGUCUAACCAAUCCCCCAUCUUAUCCGAGGGACUUUCGGCGACAUCUUCGACCCUUUUAGCUCAUCAAAAUUCAAUAGAUAUGGAGCUCGAUCCCGGAUUGAUGGCUUCGAAUUCACCACGGCCGGGGAGUAGAUGGACCACGAACUCACUCACGGACUCGUCUUCGAUGAAACUGUCGCAUUUAAACAUGGCAUCUGAAUUCGACACUGACAGCUCACUAUCAUACAAUUCAACACCAAAUAUCGUCAAGUUAAAAUUGGCUAUUCGCGUCAAACCAGCGCCACAAGAGUAUUCUAUUCGAUCUGGCUUGCCGGGGAAUGGCAAUCAGGUGAAACCCGCAGAAUUGGAAAUCUACAUCGAAGCCGCGAGAAACCUCCCACUUGUCAACGAAAAAGAACCUUCUGCUUACGUCCGGGCUUCAGUGAGCCAUCCAAAGUACGGACGAAAAACUGGGAAAACAGAAAGAAUACGAAGCGACUGUAAUCCAAUCUGGCGGCAAACGAUUGUUUACGACCGAAUAAAACUUACAGAGCUCGAGGAAGCGAUCAUGACCGUGAGCAUAAUUCAUAGACACCGGACGAGGAAAAAGCUACUAGCCGAAGUGGAGAUUGGUGGCUUGCGUUCCAGUAGUAGCUCACAGCUCGCAAAUGGACAAGUAGGAAACAACAGUAACCAAGAAAUUCACCUCCGUCGUCAAGCCACAACAGAGACGGAAUCGACCCAGUCGACGACGUCGAUAGGCUCGCCGGAGACAGACCGCACGAAACUCAUUUGGUCCUUGAUGUUCAAAAACAAGGGCAAAUGGGUCGACGCAUGGAUCAAGUUAGCACCACCGAAGAAGCCUAAAAUAAGUUAUUUUUCCAUGUAA